AUGGCUCUCAUAGGCCUGUCGCUCGUUCUGGCCUCAGUCGUCUACAUCGCCAUCCGAAGACCGCCGUUCCUCCAAACCCUGAUAGCCUUCUGGCGCGGCGACCCUCGCAUAGAGCAGCCGCCCACAACCCGUUCGCUCCCUUCGGGUUCACGCUCACAUACAGGAACGGAUCAUGGUUCAGCAAGCACGGAUAAUACGAGUCGGGAUGCGCCGUCGGAGCCGACUACAGCUACAGCAAAGGGCGCGGAAGCAGCUCGCAUGGCAAUGCCGCCUCCUCCGCCCGUGAUCCGCAGACCGAACGGCAGCGCUGCGGCGAAGCCGGCGUCGCCAUCACCAGAGACAACACCCAAAGCUGUCCCGUCCACAGCGCAAUCAAGCAGCAGCAUACCCUCGUUCUCGCUCUCCUCCUCCCCACCCGCGUCAGCCGCCGCCCUCGCGCGCACAUCCGACUCAACCACAACACCCACCACGCUCCCCACCAUCUCCGCCGCGCCAUCCUCACCCGCCAAGCCAUUCACAACCAGCAUGGCCCCUCCCCCACGCCCGCCGACCCUCAACGGGACCAUCAACAGCACCUCCUCUCUCCUCGCGCCCCCAAACCGGGGCGGCCAGCAGCACGCGCGCCAGCCCGGCACUUCCACCCUCGCGCCCCCGCCAACCCACAGCAGCAAGCCCAGCAAGCCAUCGCGCAAAGUGACCCUGGAGCCGGGCCACUCGCCGCUCGACUGGGCGCGCCUGGCGAACCACCCGGCGUCGGACCUGCGGGGCCUGGGCCCGGGGGCGCCGUACGUGCGCGUGACGCCGAGCAUGCUGCGGCGGCAGACGGGCCGCAAGGGCAAGGACGCGUGGACGGCGCUGGGCGGCCGCGUCUACAACAUGACGCCGUACCUGCCCUUCCACCCGGGCGGCGAGCCGGAGCUGCUGCGCGCCGCGGGGCGCGACGGCACGAGGCUGUUUGGCGAGAUCCACCCGUGGGUCAACUACGAGACCAUGCUGAGCAGUUGCCUGAUCGGGCUGCUGGUCGACGAGGGCGAGGCCGAGGGCGGCGGGGAGAUGGAUGCCAUGGAUUGA